AUGUGGCUCAGAACCGGAUAAGGCUAUGAAUUAAGCAAAGAGCCUUAGAUCAGUUAGUGGAUCAGAGAUGAGUCAUUCAAGUAUGGACCUAAUUUCUAGGUUAAGUAUGUUGGGGAUGACCCUAGAUUGGUUAAAGUAGAGACAUAUGAAAGAAUAUGCUACAAAACACUGAUCCUUAAUGACACAGGUGAUGUUCCAGUUACCAGUGAGAGAGUUGUGGAGGCUAUCUAUAAAAUUGAAGAAUUCACUGAGGAGUAUAGGAUUGGGGGAAUGAGCGGAGAUGAUAUCGAUAAUUACUUAACUCAGAAUGGGUUUAAUUAGCUCUCUGUAGAAGAAUUAGCACAGCUUGUUAAAUAGCAUGAACAAAGGGAGGAAGAAAUUUAAUAAAAUGAUAAAGUAAUAGAUAGCAAAGAUGAAUAGUCGAAAGAAUAAAUAGAACUUUCAAUAAAUGAAAUUCAAAGAGAGUCAGAUGUAAAAGGUGAAUAAAAAUAAGCUAAAGAGGAAUUAUGA